AUCAUCAUCUAUAUGUUCACGUGUGCACUACAUGAUACAUUGAAGUGUCGUAGUUUUAGUCUCUUUUCUUUCUGUUCCGUUGAUUCUAUCAGACCGAAUAACUGGUUUUAAUUACUUGCUGCGUAAAGCUAAUGUUCAGUCGACGAUAGUAAAUAAUAAAUAACUUAGUUCUAAAUAAAAACAAACGUCAUUAUUGCUAUUGUUAAAAACCGGGGACAGAUUUGUGGUGUAUAAAUAUAACAGAUAUGGGUGAAGUCCAUGUUAUUGGUCAGAUUCUUGGAGCGAGUGGUUUUCCUGACAACAGUUUGUUUUGCAAAUGGGGAAUUCACACAGAGGGUGCCUGGAAAGUGCUUGCAGGUUUAAGAGAGGGUCAAACUCAAGUUGACAACCCACAGAAUAGAGAGGAAGCUUACUGGUGCCACCCCAUUGAUGUUCACUUUACAACAAAGGGAAUUCAGGGUUGGCCAAAGAUGCAUUUUCAAGUCUACCAUCAGGACAGGUUUGGGCGAAAUGAGCUUUAUGGGUAUGGUUUUUGUCACAUUCCCACGUCUCCUGGCAUUCACAAGAUUGACUGUCCCACGUGGCAGCCAUCUGGCACAUUUUUUGAGAGUGUUUCACAACAAUUUUUAGGUGGUGCCGCAGAACUGAGAAACCCUGAUGUUGUGUACAGUGGUUCUCAGAGAUACAAACUCACCACAGUGGCCACUGGCAGAGUCCAUCUUCAGCUUGGAAUUAUUCUCAGGAACUUUGACAAAUAUGGAAUUGAAUGCUAAAAUCAUUCUGAUGUAUCAACAAUCCGUCCUGUAUGUGGUGUAAAUAGACUGUUAAAAUAUUAUCUGGUAGAAUGUAUCCAUAAUAUUGUAAGACCCUUUUUCAUUUGUUUCUUGAUAUAGGUAUUGACAAAUUAGUACAUUAAUGAUAAAAGGUAACUGUUGAUACAGUCAGUUUACUAGGUAAAUACAGUUUAGAUGUCUAGAACCCAAAUGAUCAUGAAACAAUAUUUCAUUUAAAAUCCCCCAACUAAACAGCCUUUUUGCAUCAUGUUAUAUAUAUAGAUAUAGAUAGAUAGAUCCAUACACAUGCAUAUCAAAUACAUGUAUAUAAAACCAAAAAUGGUACAAGGGUUUUGCUUGUAAAUAUUUGUAAAUAAAUGUAUGUAAAACCAAAAAAGUACAAAUCUUUAAGAAAAAACAGAAGUUUAAAAAUGUAAAUAUAUCAAUUUAGUUUACCUUAAACAUGUACUACUGUUUCUAACUUAACAGAAGACCGACAUCAGACUAGAUAUCAAACAAUCAUUAUAUAUAUUUUAAAAAGAUUACACAUAUUCAGCCUUUAUUGCAGUUUUUUCUUCUAAUUUUGAAAACAUUUGUAAUCAUGAUAAAUAAUAUAUUAAUGUUUAAUAAUUGUAUAUUUGUGCAUUUGAAAAAUCAUGUCAUUACUUGUAAAUAAUUACAAUUUAUAAAAUAUGAAAUAAUCAAACUUGUCUUUUUUAUAUUGAUGUUGAUCAUCACCGUAUUUGUUUGCAUUACCAUAGUUUGACACCCAAUAGCCGAUGUAUUUUUCAUGCUGGGGCGUCGUUAAACCUUCAUUCAUUCAUUCAUUCAUUGUUAUCUAUAUUUACAGCAUAUGUCUGGAACUUACCAACUAAUCUCUGUGGAGAACAAACCAAUGGCAUUUAUUUGACAAGUCAAGUUUAACCAGUUAGUGAUAACCAAGAUAUCCCAACUUAUGUCCAUAUUGUGUCAUUUGAUGCAGAGAUUCAAAAUACUUUGUCCAUUAUAUAAUUAAAUUUGUUAAUUUUUUUUACGAUAUAACGUCAUCACACUGGUCAAGACAUAGCAACAGGAGUUUGUUCAUUUCUUGAUGAAUGUAAAAAUUAUGUUGCUAUAUGGGCAAGUUGUCAUAUCGAGCCUUAUUGUUUGUAAACCAAAUAUAAUUCAAAAUAAAGUAUGAA